CGACCCGGCUCGCCAGCUCCACGCUCGGCUCCAGACUCCGGCAUUUCCUCCCCGCUAGCUGGCGCGGCCUCGCCUCCCCCUCGGAAGAGGAAACUCCCGGGGUCCGAGUAACAGGGUCAGGCGUGGAGAGAAGCGGCGCGAGAGCCAGGAGGGCCGCCCAGGGUAGGAGGCGAGCCAGGCCGGGCCAGAAGCUGGCCGACGGCGGCGCGCGGGGGCGCCGGGCGGGGAGGGCCGCUGGGCCGGACUCAGCGCGCAGCCGGGGCAGGGCGCGGCCCGGGGCCCGAGAGCGCAGGGCAGGCCGCAGCUGGAAGGAACACUUGAGCUGGGAGAGGAGGCCGAGCUGGAGGGCGGCCUCCCUCGGGCCUGCGUUCGGGAAGCCGCCGCGGAGGAGGAGACGGGGACAGCGGGGCUGCCCGGGCGCUGUGCGCAUGCUGGGCUUGGGUCGCCGCCGGGGCUUGCCCCCUGGGCUGCUCGGCCACCGCCGCCCCGGGCGCCCGGCAUGUCGGUGCACUACACCCUCAAUCUACGCGUCUUCUGGCCCCUGGUGACCGGCCUGUGCACCGCCCUGGUGUGCCUCUACCAUGUCCUGCGGGGAAGCGGGGGCGCCCGGGCCGAGCCCGCCGACGGCGUGGAUGGCGGCUUCCCGUUGCUCAAGGUGGCCGUCCUGCUCCUCCUCAGCUAUGUCCUCCUGCGCUGUCGCCACGCUGUCCGGCAGCGCUUCCUGCCCGGGUCUCCCCGUCUGGAGGGUCACGCCGCCUUCUCCUCGAGACACUUCCGAGAGCCGGGCCUCAGCAUCCUGCUGGAGAGUUACUACGAGCAUGAGGUGCGCCUGUCUCCGCACGUGUUGGGCCACAGCAAGGCGCACGUGAGCCGGAUCGUGGGCGAGCUGGUGCGGGCUGGCCGCGCCCGGGGGUCCCCCGGUCUCAUUCCUGGGGGAGCGCUGGCCUUGGCCUUCCGCGGAGACUUCAUCCAGGUGGGCAGCGCCUACGAGCAACAUAAAAUCCGCCGGCCCGACAGCUUCGACGUGCUGGUGCCACUGCGCCUCCCGCCGCUUGUGGCGCUGGAGCCACGGAGCCUGGGCGAGGAGCCAGCGCUGGCCCCGGCCUUCCGCGGUUGCUUUUUGUGCGCCCUCAAGGCACCACCCUCACCAUCGGGGGCCUCGGGGGGCCACUGGCUUCGGGACUGCAAACCCUUUGCUGAUGCCUUCUGCGUGGAUGUGCGCGGGCGGCGUCACCUCUCUGCUACUCUGGUGCUGCGCUGGUUCCAGUCGCAUCUGCAGCGCUCCUUGGCCACUGUGCGUUACAGCCUGGAGGGGCGCUGUCGGGUCACCUUGACCCCAGGUGGCCUGGAACAGCCCCCCACCUUACACAUCUUGCCCUGCCGCACUGACUACGGCUGCUGCCGCCUUUCUAUGGCUGUGCGUCUCAUCCCCGCUGUCCAUCUGGGAGAUGGGGUCUUCCUUGUGGCGCCACCACCGCCACCCUUGCCCAGCGCGCCCCUGUUGGAGCUCCCUGAGGGCCUGCGUGCGGAGGCACUGUGGGGUGUGAACACAGCACGCCAGGAGCAGAAGCUGCUGAGUUGGCUGCAGGAACGGGCAGCUCCAGGUGCCUGCUACCUCAAGUGCCUGCAGUUGCUUAAGGCUCUGCGCGAUCUGGGGGCCCGUGGGCUGGACUCAGCGGCCGCCACCCAGUGGGGACGCAUCCUAUCCUCAUAUGUGCUCAAGACAGUGCUGCUGGCAGUGCUGCUGCGCAAGGGGGCCCCUGGGCAAGGCUGGGACGAGGAGCACCUGGGAAGGUGUUUGGAGGAGUUGGUGCAGUUCCUUAGGGACUGCCUGCUGCGACGCCAUACGCUCUUCCACUGCGUCCUGGGCCCUGGUGGGGCGGCUGCCGAGGUGGGUCCCCUGCCCAAGGCACUGAGGGAAGCCGCCCCAGUUGACCUCCUGGCCGCUUUCGACGGGCACGCCCGGGAACUUGCAGCAGCGCGGUUGCUGUCCACGUGGCAAAGGCUGCCCCAGCUUCUCCGGGCCUACGGGGGUCCCCGCUACCUUGCCAGGUGCCCCCCACCCCGGAGUCAGCGCACCCAGGGCUUCCUUGAAGGUGAACCGUAAACCCUGACAGCACCCCCACCUGACCAAAUGCUCCUAAAGCCUUUCCCACUGGGUGGGGGUGGGAAUGGCGGUGAAGCCAGUUAAAUGCAAGAUUGCAGAAGGCAUUGGAAAAUUUGGUGGCUGCCAUAAGCUUUAGUGGCUUAAAUAUCACCUUCUCGUUUCACAGUCCAGUAUAAUAUGACAUCUUCACACCCACUAGAGUGUCCUGGGCAAACCAUGGGAAGACAUCCAACAGGAGCCCCAAGAAUUGGUUCAAAUAUUGUUCUGUGUAGACGGAUUCUGUAGAAGGAUGUGGCUUUUAGAGAAGUCCAGUAGAAGAAGCAAGAACUAGCUGCAGGGAAAGUUCCUUCUGUCGGUUUUUAGACACAGAUCUCUCUGCCCAAAUUAAAAAAAAAAAAAAACACUAAAGUUUUUGACACAAUUACUUGCUAGGUACUGGGUUCCUGAUUGUCUUUAAAAAGAAAAAUCUGAAUCUUUAUUUGCAACUGGAAUUGAAGUUCUGUUUUAGGGGCUAAUGUUCAGAGGAACAUAAUUUCCACUGUUCAAAUUAAUAUUAAUGUAUUUUUAAAAUGGUGCAAUCACAGGUGUUUGACAAGAUUGUCAAAAAGUUAAGUCACAUAGAUAGAAAGGCAAUCGAGAGUUGGUUAGAGAAACUUCCAGAGAAAAUAGCACUUUAUAUUGAUCAAUUCACUCAUUUUGUGGUAACUGCUAGCACCAAGCAUUGCAUCUGAAAGGGAAGCCAGUUAUAUUUAUUAUUAAAUGUACAACCUUGAAAAGCGGCCAGCAUGCUUGCCUAACUAACAUCGCCGCAGGCCACAAACUGGGAUAUGUUCCUGUCCAUCAACAUCCAUUCAUUAAACUACCUACUACCAGCCAGAGAUGGCUGGAACCAAAGUAGCAACCAAAUGCAUAUUCAAGACAACACUGGUGAAGGCAUAAAACAUGUUGGCUUUGGAGAAAGAUGUGUUUUAGGCUUUGCCUGUAAAGGUGUUUCUCCAAGGCUGGCUGCUGGCUGGAGACAGAAAACUUUUUUGUUUUAAGGUUUUUAGCAAACUCCUUCACAAAGAGAUUUCUUUCUGAGCUUAAUGAGCUAAUGAAGAGGAAAUGCCUGCUGCUUAGCAUGUGGUUUGUGCUGGGUCUCUAACCAUUGAUGGUUCUUCCUUGUCCAGGCAGUCUUACGUGGUCCAAGAGACCUGUUGAUUCAGCACAGGUCUUGCAAAACAUUUCACUUAUAGUUCAGUAUCUUGGGCUCUGUGCUUGAAGAUCAGUUACUCCCUGGUCGUGGGCAGAGGAGACAAAUUAGGAAAAGAGCAAGGGAGACAGCCCUUGACAGCAGUCUGUCUCUUUUCUCUUUAGGUGUCAGUAUCACCAGGUUGGGUGUAUUUUGCAGCUGGGAGGAGCCGGUCCUGGAAUUCUUCCUUGUUCUCCCAAAUUUAUAACAGUCCUCAAUUGCAGUUUAAAUUCAGCAUGGCCCCUCAUCUGCUUGCCUGAUUGGAAAUGCACCCAGUCCAAGUGUUACAAAUUGGGAUUUUUUUUUGUUUUCUAAAUAAAAACAUGUACUUCCUCAGACUCUUAAAGCUAAAAUUUGGAAGACAGAAAUGGCUAUGUGAAUAGAAUCAUUGUUGAAGUUCUGAGCUCUUUUGAGGGAACUCUAUAAGCCUUCUUUCUUUAGGGGAUCCACUUGCCCGCUGUGGGAAAUCAUAGUGAGUGAUUUACAGGAAUCCUUCUCCUCCAAGCUGCAUUGGCUUCUUAUAUCCUUUGCGACCUUGGGCUGAAAGAGAAACAGCUGCAAAUGUUGUGCUGUCUCUUUGAGGUUGUCUUGGGGACAGUUCCCCGCAAAGGUCAUUCCUAGCUUUUGAGGUCAAUGUUGGGUCAUAAGGUACUGCAUUGUGCAAAGAAGUCAGUCUGCUAACUUUAUGCAAAGAUAGAAACUGCACGGUAUUUUUUAAAAUUAGUUUUUAAAAUAAAUGCCAAGAGUAGAUCUUAUAUAUAUAUAUGUAUACAUAUUUUAUAUAUAUAUAUAUUUCCAUACUCAACCACAACUUCCUCUGUACUCAUUGUUUACUACAGUGGGGGACAUCAAGGGUUGGAAGGAUUAUAAAGCUUUAAGGCUGGGCGUGGUGGCUCACGCCUGUAAUCCCAGCACUUUGGGAGGCUGAGGUGGGUGGAUCACCUGAGGUCAGGAGUUCAAGACCAGCCUAGCCAACAUAGUGAAACUCCGUCUCUACUAAAAAAUACACAAAUUAGCUGGGCGUGGUGGCGGGCGCCUGUAAUCCCAGAUACUCGGGAGGCUAAGGCAGGAGAAUCACUUGAACCCGGGAGGCGAAGGUUGCCGAGAGCCAAGAUCACACCACUGCACUCCAGCCUGGGUGACCGAGCGAGACUCCGUCUCAAAAAGAAAAGCUUUAAAAAGCUGAAUUUUAGAAAUAUGUCUAGCAGUGUCAGUGAGUUCCUCUUUUAAUAGUGUUUUAAAGUAUAAAUCUGGUAACAUACUGUUCUUGUAGUUUUUUGUUAGUUUUGUUUUUCAGGUUAAUUACCCAAAGCCUCAUCCAUCCUCAAGGUUUUUAAAUUUUAUUUUUUUUAAAUAAAUUGUGCAUUGUAUUUGUGGAUUUUUAAAAUAUUACUGUUUUAUUUAAAUGCCAUGCUGAGCAAUUGUUCUCUGUACAUGGUAACCAAAACUUAGAGAUUUCGAUCAAUUUUGAUCAAUGUUUAGUAAACCAAAACAUGUACUGUGUACAACGGAAAUAAUAUGGCAUAUUAGCCAGGCAUGAUGGUUGCCCAAGACAGUUAAAUUAAGCUCAAUUCUGUAUUUUAUUAGGGCUCUGUUAUGUCCUUCAUCUGAAAUGUACACAUUUUUGGUGUAUGCUUGGUACUGGAGAUUCAUAUAUGCAAAUAUUCUCAUGCAAGAAGUUCCACAGUAACAACAGCAAAAAGAAAAAAUUAGUUGUCCAGCCAGUGCUGGAGGAAAAUGUUUCUGGGGAAGAUGACUCAGUCAUUUUGUGGCGAGACACCCUUUGGUAACUCCCACUGACCAGUCUUGGGAGUCUUCCUGGAAUGAUCGUGGGCUGAGCGGAGAUGUUUUUUGCAAAAUGAAACUGAAGCUGAAAGAAAGGAGAAUUCGAGUGAACCAAGAGAAAUCCAAAGACCUGGGGAAGGAGGACUUAAGAUGAAAGUGAAGCAAGAGUGGGAAGGGGAAAUGAAGUGAAAAUGGCGUGAGGGUGUGAGAGAGGUUUGGGUUAGCAAACAUGUUUUUAGUGCUAUUUCCAACCAGGGGUCGCAAACUCAGCAGCCUGUAGAAACAGGGGUGGGAGGUGGGGGGGAAGCUGUGCCCACCUUUAAAGAGGGGGCCAUUGCUCAGCCAUGCAGAAAAAAAUGGGGCAACAAGCUGGAAAUCAGGUUUUUUUUUUUUUAAAGUGAAACUUGAUGAUUUUUAAACAAGUAAUUAAAAAAAUGUCCAAAACACCACGUGGGCCAAACAUUUGUUUGAGCCUGGGGGCCACCAGUUUGCGACCACUGCCUUACAUAGUUAACACCCUGAGUAUGUAUACAGUCAUAUUUUUUGUUUUGGAUAUGGUAGUGUUAUAUAUACUUGGGGGCGUGAUAUUUGAAGUCAUCUUUAUCUCUCAGAGUUAAGCUUUAUUGUAGAAGAAAAAAAAAAAGUUAACACAGCCAUAGAUAACACCUAACUCACAGUUCCCAGGAGGACACUUGAUCUCGAAGCUGCUCUUUUUGAGUCAGAUCCUACAUCAAACCACUUAGGGCCAGUUUUUGGCAUUUCCUUCCUGGUGAUUUGGGGUAAACUUCUUUGCUCUGUGGGAGUUUGCAGAUGAGUAAUCAGGAAGGAUUGCAGAAUAACUUGUUUCUUUGUAUUUUAUUCUUACAUUUAAAUUAAUUUUGGGGGGUUAGUGGUAUCCUAGCUCGUGCUUUUACAGGGAUGAUUGGUGGCUAGAUUUGGGGUGCAAGCUUCUUAGGCUCAUACCAUUUCAACUACCAAGAACGCAGGUUUUUGUUUUUGUUUUUUGAGACAGGGUCUUGGUCUGUUGCCCAGGCUGGAGUGCAGUGGCAAGAUUGCAGCUCAUUGCAGCCUUGACCUCCUGGGCUCAAGCGAUCCUCCUGCCUCGGCCUCCCAACUAGCUGGGACCACAGGUAUGUGCCACUACACCCAGCGAAUUUUUAAAUUACUUGCAGAGUCAGGGUCUCCCUGUGUUGCCCAGGCUGGUCUUGAACUACUGGACUCAAGCCAUCCUCCCACCUCAGCCUCCCAAAGUGUUGGGAUUAUAGGCGCGAGUCACCACACCUGGCCUAAAAGCCUGGUUCUGAUCAGACUUCACCCCUGAAUGUUUCUAUCAUUUUCUUUUCUUUUUUUUUUUUUUUUUUUUUUCGAGACAGAGUUUUGCUCUUGUUUUACAGGCUGGGGUGCGGUGGGAUGAUCUUGGCUCACUGCAAUCUCCUCCUCCCAGGUUCAAGUGAUUCUUGGGCCUCAGCCUCCCGAGUAGCUGGGAUUACAGGUGCCUGCCACCAUGCCUGGCCUAUAUAUAUAUAUAUAUAUAUAUAUAUAUAUUUUUUUAGUAGAGAUGGGGUUUCAUCAUGUUGGCCAGGCUGGUCUUGAACUCCUGACCUCAGGUGAUCUACCUGCCUCGGCCUCCCAAAGUGCAGGGAUUACAGGUGUGAGUGAGCCACCGCGGCCGGCCUCUAUCAUUUUCUGACUCAGCAGCUCCACCAAAAUUGACAUCCUAGCAAACACUGUGAAGGAAUUAACCUAAGUGCUUCCAGAGCAUCUCAUGUAACCUCUAUGGAGUAAGUCACUUUUUCUGUAACAUGUGGCUUUUGACCUUGAUGAAGACUUUGACUUCUCAUCCCUGUCUACAUGGAGGAAGAUGAUUCAGUGGUGGGGAAAAUGAACCUCGGUAACAUUUCCAAUGUCCUUGAGGGAAACAAGUUCAGUGUUAUCAUCGUGGCAUUCGUUAUUUUUUUUUUUUUUUUAAAUCACUUGUUUAGAUACAACUUUAUUUUUUUAUACCUACAUAGCACAUGACUAGGGGGGAUAAAGCACGUAUAAGUUGGGAGAGGGUAAAGAAUGUGUGACUAUGUAUACAGAAAAUAGACUAAAAUGUGCAGCAAAAUGAUAUAUACUGUAAUCUGGUUUUUGAAGUAUCUACUAUUCUGGAAUAUUGUUAAACAACUUUUUGCUUUUAAAAAAAAAAGGUGCCUUGAUUCAGUUGCGUGACUUAGAACAUUCAUCCUAUUUUAUUGUGAUUUUUAAUGUCUUCUGACCCCAAACUGUGUUUUUGGUUGCAGUCUGGCGGCUGCAGGCAUAGCGUCGGUUUUGUUCCAAUAACAGAGACCAAAGAGUUAAUCAGAUAUGGUUCAGCUGCUACAGUUGUAUGAUUCAAAGGCAAUUUAAUCACCCCAAAUUUCCAUGGCCCCCACAGUCAAGACCUGCCAUUCGUUUUCUCUUGCAGGUUGGAGUAAAUUUGCACUUUGAAUCAUGUGGGUCAUUUGGGGACCUUGUUCUUUUCUAUUUUGCUUUAUUAAUAAAGGAACUUGUAGAAA